GAAUUUCCGAAAUGAUGAAGCUCUUCCUUUUUAUCGUUCUCAUUAUAUGCUUGAUCUACCCAGCGUCAGGGCUUAGUGGUCCGAAUUUCGACGAUCGUCGCCUCGAACGCGCCGAAUGUUUCGACAACGGUGAUUGUGGCAACGACAAGACGUGUAAUGGAUACAAGUGUGAAAAUAAAUAAUUUUAUUUC